AUGCCGAUUUGGACACAUGAACUCGAUUCACAUUUGGUUCAAACUGAAGAAAGAGCACAACUCGAAAAAGUCGAACAACAGAUUUUACUUGAAUAUAAUGAAAUUAAAUCAGAAAUUGAAGAUAAUGAUUUAAGAUAUAAUCUUACGUUCACUCGACCAUUUAGUUCUUACCUGAUACCAAAGGAUCCAUCGCAUUUAGCACGUGAACGUCGUAUUUAUUUCGAACGUCUUGCACAUGUUCGAACAGUGCCCGACGUUCUUUUUCUAUGUGAUGAAUUAAGAAGUGAAUUAGAUACGUGUACGUCAAUAUCUAGUGAUUUUACAUCGGAAUCGGUACCAUUAUUGUUACAAGCAUUUUAUUUGAAAAGAUUAACUUCCUUAACGUACGCCAAAACUUUACAUAGUGUCCGAUGGAAGCGUUUCUGUCGACAACAAAUACAAUUCAUACAAGUAGAACAACAAUUUAAAGAGCGAUCAGCAAGAAUAUUAGCAGAAUUCAAUGAUGCUCUACAGCGAUCUCAACGAUUGAGUUCAAUUAGAGAAACUUUGUUAGGGCCAGCAGCUACGUCCUCGAAAAACAUAAAUCAGCCUGUUAUCAGCGAUGAUUAUGUUGCUUAUGUACGUUAUCUUGUUUCUCAUUAUCGUGGACAACGAUAUUUUGAUCAACUAUCUCACCUUAUUCGUAUAUCACACUUUAAAUUUCGUACACGUCUUUCGGGUGAUACUCAGUCACUCACCAUUAAUCUUCAUUCACCAAUAUCACCUUUUCAAACAACAGCAGCUUUCAAUCAAAUACCAUCUAUUGAGCUCGAUCAAAAACAAACACUUGAAAGACUUGAUGUACUUUUAGGUUUUUAUUCUUUACCAUUAGAUGCAUCGAAAAUUCGUACAUCUGGAGAUGAAAUGGAACUCUAUGCAAAUAUAGUUCGAUACUAUCGAACAAUAUUUUCAGAGCAGGAAAAACGACGGCCAACUAUUCUAUAUGAUUCAGCAAAACCGAAAGUAAUUGCUCAAGCACGACAAUCGCCUAGUUGUCAAUUGAUAAAAGCAGCUGCGUGGGUUGACUUUGUUAAAAUAAAACCCGAACGAGAUCCUCAACGUGAGCGUGACUAUUGGAGAUAUGUUAAAGGUGGAAAAAAUGAUGAAUUAUUAAUGAGAAUAAUACAAUUUAUAAAUGUUCGCAAUGCUGACAGAGCAGCUAGCAUACUCAAACAAUAUUUACUUGCUGUUAAAGUUAAAAAAAGUAAUGCAUUAAAACAAGUGUUAGAAACAUCAGCAAAAAAUCCAACACAAGCAACCGCUAUGACCGAUAUUUUUUGGAAAAAUGUUUUUGAUGUCAAUUCAACAGAUGGAACAAGCCAGGGAGCUGAUCGUGAACACGACAAUAGCGAUAACGAUGAUUUACAAGAUUCUUUUGAUUUUCGUGAUCCAUCUACUCGUUCUUCUCGUCAUAUGAAACGAGAUGAAUUUAAUUAUUUGGAAACAUUACAAAAACUUGGCCUCGACGAUACAACAGGUCAAGAUCGUGAUAGUGACGCAGAAAAUAAUGAUGCAUCGGAAUCCUAUGGUUUACAAUUAUCAUAUAUAACACUUCGAUUACUUCGUAUCCGUACACUUCGUGAUCGAUGCUUACAUGAAUUUAAUUAUCUUCGUUCGAUUCAACGAACAUUAACUAUCUAUGAACAACGGUUAACAAUGACGUCGGCCGGUAAAGAAUUUCAUUCCGUUGAACAACGUUUUAGUAAUCAUGUACCGCAUACAUAUCUAUUCGAUACGCCCCAUGAAUGUACACUUGAUACAUUAACUUAUAUGCAAUCAGGUGAACAUGUUGAGAAUAAUGAAGAUUAUGCGCACGAAAUAACAGUAGAAAACGAUGGCUCAAUUGUACAUGUACAAGAUUCCAGUGGUUUACAUAUUAUAUAUGAUUGUGCAUUUGAAGAUGUUAAUGAACUUGAACAAGAAAUGAUUUCGAUUGGUUCAUAUUUUAUUGAGAAAGCUUCAUUGAAAAGCUUCAAAGAUAGUGAUUUUAUGAGAAAAAUCGAUCGUUUUGAAAUACUUUAUAAUUUAUGGGAACAUGAAUUAAAUUAUUUACAGUAUAAACGUAAAAUAGUUGAUUGCUUUUAUGAAAUCUACCAGCAUACAUUUGAUCAUGAUGAACGACAUCUUAUUGCUCAGAUAAUCAUUGAUAUUAGUGCUCGUCGACCUCGAAUUGAUUUUCGCAAUGAUGAUUAUUUUUAUCAUUCCUAUACAUUAGAAAUUCGUUUACUCGAACAAUAUCUAUCAUUGAUUCGUGAAUAUAUCGAUCGACAUGUCACCGGAAUGCGUCAAAUAACGGAAAAUAUUCUUGAUUCAACCGAUUAUGGUUCAUAUUUUUCUGCUGCACGCUCCCAAUCAUCACCGCCAAUCUAUUUGAGCGUAUCGAAAAUUCGUAGUUAUAAUUUAUUUGAAUUUCUCGAAUCGCUUUCGUCAUUAACUCGUUUGCCACAUAUAUUAAAACAAUCGUUUAAUGAACUCACUGAAUAUGAACAAUUACAACGGUCAACACCUUUGUCGUUAACUGAACGACUUCUCUUUGAAGUUGAGUAUCUUGAUGAAAUUCUACAAGCCUAUAAACAACUCGAUCUACCUGGUAGCAUGUUUUCUUCAAAUCAUCAACGUGAUAUAUUCAAUACGUUCUAUGGUGAUCAUCCUACCAUGAUGGGCAAAUUUGCGUAUGAAAUUUUAAAACAAGUCGAUGAAACUCGAACAACAAAAAAAGAGCAAUAUGAAAAAUAUAUGAAAUUACAGGCAACUCUACUUGAAUUAUUAACAUUACGUUACCGUUUAAUACGUUCGGCAUGUGAAAAUGAAAUAUUAACAACAAUUUAUAAACAACAACUUGAUGUGAUGUCAAUUGAUCAUUCACAUUUAUUUCUACGUUACGUACAAAUGGAGUUUGCACAACCAAGAAAUCUGCCUAAUACAGACAAUGAAUAUGAUAAUGAAUCAAGUAAUGUAGCUGAUGGCCGUUUAGAUAAAAUAACUGGACAACAGCAUUUAUUGUUUGCUGCACAAGAACUGGAUGAAGGUUCUAUUAUACGAAUAAGUUUUCGACAAAAAGAUCAAUGGUUAACAUUAAUUAACGAUGGAGAAGAUGCAAUCAAUAAUUUAAAAGUUGCAUUAAGAUUACAACUUAUGCAUAAUCAUCUUGUAUACACGGCUGUUCUUCAACAUCGAUUAGCUAUCGUAUGUAUUACACAACAAUUGCAAAGUAUUCGAGUGGACAGUGGACUCGAACAAGCAAAAACUCCGCCAACAGGAAAACGACAAAUUUCGGCUGCUACGAAAUCAACCGACCAACCGAAUACACUCCUUAAUAAUGUUCUCUAUGAAAAUGCUCAACGGAAACUGUUUCGUGAUCAUUAUUUCGUUUCGAUUCAAUUUGAAAAACUUCCGUGUCGUGAUCGAAUGCUAAAUGAAUUCCUUCGUCAACGCGAACUAAAACCAUUGCAAUAUCAGCAACCCCGUGAACUUGAAAAACUAAAACGCUCUGUGUUACAUGCUUUCAUUGAUCGUGUUCAUCAACGUAAUACAAUGAUACUUUUACGCUUACAAACAGUUCAAUCAUAUUUAAGUUUAACACAUCUUAUAAACCAAUUUCCUCUAACAAGUCGGACACAUUUUAUGUGGCAUAAACCAACACCACCGCCCUUACCAAAAACAACAACCACAACAUCGUCAGGUGAUCAACUUGAUUCAGCUAGUUCAACGCCUUUACUAACAAAUGCGUUAACUACAAAUGGUUAUCAACAUCGACCUAAAAUGAUUUUCAACGAAAUGGGUACUGAUCUUGUUAAUCUCUGGUACAUUCCAUCGUUUAUUGAGCAAUUAACAAUGUUUAAAAAUGCGAGACUUAGUGUUGAAGAAUUAGAAAUGCGUUUAAGAAACGUUGUACGUAUUGUUUCAUCGCUUAACGAUCUUAUUCAUAUUGUUAUUGGUUAUGCGCAAUUGAAUAAUGCAACGAGCAAUUCUGAACAACGAUUUAACGACCGAGCUGGUGAUUUAACCGCGUUUGAUCAAAGUGGAGAAUUAGCAUCGGAAUUGCAUGAAAUUCAACGUGAAAUUGAUUCGUCACCAUCAGUCGAAUUGUCGAAAAUAGCAGAACUAUUAGAAACAAAAAGACGUGUGACAAUAUUUCAAAUCUAUUAUUCUAUGUCAUGUCUUAUACCACAUUGUUUUCUUGUUGGAAAACAACAAACAGCAUUUCAUCUUGUUCAUUCACGUUCAAAAGCAAUUUUAAAACGCUUUACAAGUGACUAUCAUAAGCUACGACCUAUUUAUACAAUUUUACCUAAUCCAUUGUUAACUUCUCAAGCUUUAACAAAACGACUUUAUCCAUGGACAGUACAUGAGUAUGAAUAUAAUGUGAAUUCUAAAAGACUUUGGUGGCCUAAAUAUGAUUUGAUUGAUUUGAUACAUAUAUCUUUAAUUGGCUUGAAAUCAUCAGAAUUAACGCUUGCUAAUUCAGAAUUGGUUUCGAUGCACGUUAUGUUGCAAAAUAUCGAUGAGGUUAUUUCGCGACGAACAGCAAUGAAUCAAAUGGGAACUAUCCUACGUCGAAACGAGGUAGCUACGGGCGAUCAUCUUGCAAAAUACUUAUAUCUUGAACUGUAUAUUAUCGAAUGUAUUCGCCUUGAAAUGGUUCGAAAUGCUUGGAGUACAGUGAAAUUGAAUGUAAUGGAAAUAGACACAUUGAAAUUAUUUGAAGAUGCUUUUGCUAGUUUUCGAGAUGAAAUUCGUAGUCCCGUUUUAAGACAACUGGCAACAACUGUUGGCUAUAGUAGUUUUUAUAAUGAUUUUCCAGCUGCUCUAGUUACAGGACAAUUAGCACCACAUGUAACUGAAUAUGAUUGUAAACAUGGAUUAAUAAUGCGAAUAUUAGUUGAGCUUGAAGGAAAAUUUAUGAUGAGUGAUACAUUGAAACGUUUUAAAAGAGAACGAACAUUAGUUAUAUCUGAACGAUUGAGAGAAGAAAAUAGUCUUCCAACUGAUCUAUGGAAAAAACAGCUAUUUACAGAGAAUUUCUCAGUGUUACGACCACAUACAUUAGAUGAUUUUGCAAAACUAUUGGCAAAUUAUGAAUAUAAAGACGAACAAGCAACACUCAAUUCAACUUUGGCGGUGGAGGAACCUGUAGAUCAGGAUACGACAAUACUCUCAUCGACUGGUUUGAAUACGUCUCGAACAUCGGAUAUUUAUUGUAUUCGUCGAAGUGAUUUAGAAUUAUGUUUGAAAGAAUUGGGCACUCGUUUAAUGCAACGUGAACGUGAUAAUUAUACGAAUUAUAGUUACUAUUAUGAAAGUCUUCUUUUCAAUACUCGUCAGUUAGUUGGUUUACGCGAAAAUGAAAUUAAAUCAUUACGUUCUCAAGUGCAAGAUCAACAAUUUACUCUUGAAGUUGAAUCACAAUUGCUAACACUAUCAACUUAUUUUGACUUAAUCAAUGAACUGAUACAACUACGCACAGUAAAUGCUCAAUUACAAAAUGAUAAACAACUUCGUUUUGAUAAAGAAUUGCGUAGAAUUCGCGAUCGCUUCCAAUCCAUAAAUGAACAAUUGUUAAAUACGAAUUUAUUACUUCGUUCACGAUUUGAACAAUAUCGUGAACAAUUAUAUAAUAGUACGAUAACAAUAAUUCAACAAAUACGUACAGAAAUAUAUAAAAUGGCACGUGCUAAAUUAACGUCCGAUGCAAAAUCAAUAAUUGAUCAGCAACAUACAGAACAAACAAAACUGAUACAUAGUUUACAGGAUGAAAUUCAUCGAAAUGAAGAUAAACACAUGAGUGAAACGUAUCAACAUGAACGUACAUGGCAAAAAGAACAAAUUGAAUUAGAAAAAACUGUCGGCCAAUUACAAUACGAAUUAAGUCGUUAUCAAAAACGUUAUGUUUAUAAAACAACACAACAAGUCGAAGAAAUUCAAACGUUGAAAAAAUCAAAUAAUUAUUUACGAAAACGAAUUAUAUCCAAUGAAAAUCAGUACAAGAAAAUUUUUGAAACAGAAAAUAAAUUCGAAAACAAAGCUAAUCUCGAACGCGAUGAUGAUUUACGUCAAGCAAUCAAUCAAAAGCAAAUUAUCGAAACACGUUUACGUUGGAUGCAAGAACAAAGUAAUCAAUUAGCAUUGAAAGAUCAUGAACUUGAAAAGAAAACAAGUGAAUAUGAACGUGAAAAUCGUGCUAUGCGUUUAUCACAAACAUAUGUUAAACGAGAUUUAUUGCAGACAAAGAAGAAACUCGAACAAGAACGUACACUUAAAAUUGGUGCUUUUCAACAAGUCGAAACAUUACGAACAAAUUUAAAUGAACUUGAAGAAGAAUUCGAACAGGUUGUUCUAAAUGAUGGAGCAAAUAGUUUAGUAUCAGCAUCGAUUGCACCGCCACCUUCACGUACAUUAGGAUCGUCACGGCCAAUAACGCCUUAUCAGACACUUUUGACGCGCAAUCGUCCGAUGACAUCGAAUGCGCCAUAUCAACGUGAUAAACAACGUUUUACAAAUUCACGUUUGCGUUGUUGUUCAACAACACCAACUAGACGAAUUCAAACAGCUAAUGUACAUAUUGAAAAGAUAACACCAUUAACAGAAGAACUUUUAUCUAAUUUGGGCGCAUCAACAACACCGCCGGCAACAUCUUCUAUUAGAAUGUUACGAAUUAAAAGUGCUAAAACUUAA